AUGAUAAACGGGAUCUACAAGAAGAGCGUAGCGCCGAUAAGGGCAGAGGACGCCGAUGGAAAAACUGAGGAAGACGCGGCGUCAGCGGCUGCCUGGACCAGCGUGCAUAAGAAGAGAGCUUUGUCCAGCUAUCGUCAAUAUCAUAAUAGGGAAAGCGUAGACGACUCGAUCGUGUCCCGCCUGCGUUGCUGUGAGCCCGUUUCUAGUGGAAGGCGAGCCCUUAACGAUGCGAACGUUUCUCUACAUCUCUUAGAGGCUUACGGAAGGGAUCACUGUGAAGCGUUGCCGACGAUGGUAUUGACGUUUGAGAACGUCUUGCAUCAUCCGCAGCCGACGACGCUGAUUUGCACGCCGUGGGCGAACAUCGGGAAUACACGGCGCCCCAACCGGGAACUCGAACAGAGAAAUCACAAGCCUCGCGCACGAAGCGUCUGCGGAGCACAUACCAUCAUACAGGCGAGCUGGGUCUGGGGUGUCAGAUAUCCACCGCUGGGAUCCGUUGUGGGCAUGCACCACACUAGGAAGCGCAAGGCGCGUGUAUGCGGUUCGACGACCGGCCGUAGCCCUAGAGGAAGGAAGACAUGGGCACAGUUACGACUCCAGCUAGAUCGCACGAGCUCGACGCAGGCGUACGCCCAGAGGGGCCGGGUAUGGGUUGAACAGCCAGUAGGGCGACGAGCUGAUGGGCCGGCUGAGGAUGCGGGACCAAGAGCGGUUUCCAGGAGUAGUGUAGUACAUCCAUCCAUGCAGGGCAGCCGCGUAGGACGUCCAUGGCGGGUGCAGAUGGACAGAUGGACGAGGCGAUGGGCGGCUUCGAGAGACCGGGAGGGUUGUCUUGUCUACCUUCAGAACGAGAGUGGAGUCCAACAUCACCCGUUGUCGCACCCGGCGGGCCGCCUCGCGAACGCAGACCCACAAGGUCCUCCUCUCCCGUACGCGUUCCGCACGGGGCCCCAUGGGGGGACGCGGGGACGCUGGCCGGUCGCAGCUGAUGCGUCUCUCGCAACUGAUGGCGAGGCUAAACGACUUCUCCCAGGAACGGGCGGUCGCGAAGGCGCGGAGAUGCGGGCAUCUGCUCCAGCUUGGCGCGGGCGGACUUGUCGGACAUCGCGACCACUACAUACUAGAGUGGCGGCAAAUGCUUCACGCGGAAGGAGCAGGCCAGUGCCAGCGAAAUGGAAGGUGUACUGUAUAGCGGACGCUGUGGCCACCGUAUGGAAUGGAGCGGUUGCUAUUCGUGCGGAGUGGAGGACGGAGCAUGCGUGCUGCAGUCGUCACGGGGAAAUGACGCCGAGUGGUAGCGAGGAGCAGGAAGGAGACGGUCGGGUUCACUUACGGGCGGAUAGUGUACGAACGUUCGAAAGGCAAAGAGGCGUCAGAGGGGCUGGCCGCGUAAAGGUUGCGGAGCGGCGGGAAAGAAGGCAGGAAGUGGGCGACGGCAGCGGUCAGCAGACGCUAUGGGAGGUCACGAUGGACGUCGUUGCGCGUGGUGGGCAGGGAGGGAAACGCGGGCGAGUGAUGGGGCGUGCUGCGUGUUAUGGAACGUCUGACGGGGAACGCAGGGGUGGGAGGGCGCGGCGGGGCGCGACUGGCGAUGGCGGGUGA